AAAUAUAUCAACAAAAUCUUAUUGAGAUUGAAACAGAUAGUAAUAAUCUUCUUGGUCAGCCAGUAGACACUAAAGAUCAAGAAGAAGAUAAUGAUGACAAAUAUGAAAAGCUUGAUGAAGCUAAUAUAGAAUUUCAAAACCUUGGAUAUGAAUUUCUAAUAAAAAUAUACAGAAUUUGA